AUGCAUUCUCAAUCUUCUCUUUCUCCUUCGCUUCCAAUUCUCUCUCAUAUUCCUCCAACCCACGACAAACCCCAACCCAAUCCCACCAAUACUACCCUCCAUUUCAAGGACCCCAACCUCUCCCUUCUUCAGCUCUGCUCUUCCAUGCAAGAGCUCAAGCAGCUCCACGCCCGUCUCAUUAUCUCCGGCACUGCUCGCCAGACCAUUCCCCUUAGCCGCCUGCUUGCAUUUGCUGCUCUCUCCCCCAGUGGAGAUCUCCGCUACGCCCGCCUACUCUUCGACCACUCCGAAACAUCUCCGAACACCUUCAUCUGGAGCACCAUGAUCAGGGCCUAUUCCAAGAGCACUGCCCCUGAAUUGGGUUUUGAAUUUUAUAUGCUUAUGUUGGAGAGCGGCGUUGUCCCAGAGGAUUUCACGGUUCCUUUUGUACUGAAUGCUUGCGCUGAAUUUGGGGGUGUUAGAGAAGGAAGGGUCGUUCAAGGGCAGGUUCUGAAGCUUGGUCUGGAUUUGAAUGUGUUUGUGCAGAAUGCGCUUGUGAGGUUGUAUCUGUGUGUCGGGGAUUUUGGAUCUGCACACAAGGUGUUUGAUCAAAUUCCGGAGGUCCCCAGUGAGGUCGCUUGGAAUAUGUUAAUUGAUGGGUAUGGGAAAGCUGGUGAGGCUGAGUUAGCGCACCAAUUGUUUGAGAAAAUGCCAAAUAGAGGUUUGACUGCUUGGAAUUCUGUUGUUGGGGCUUAUGCUCGGUGUGGGUUACUGGAUAUUGCACGGAGGUUGUUUGAUGGAAUGCCUCGUAGGAAUAUCGUGUCUUGGAAUACAUUGAUUGGAGGUUAUGUGAGUCAUGGGGAGUUUAAGGAGGGAUUAGUGGUUUUGCAUGAGAUGCAGAGACAAAAUGUUAAGCCAGACAAGGUGACCUUGGCAUUGGUUAUUUCUGCUUGUGGGGACUUGCGAGCUAUAGAGCAGGGUAAAUGGUUACACAAUUACAUAAUUGAAUGUAAAAUUGACAUUAAUGUGUAUUUAGGGACAUCGCUUAUCCAUAUGUAUGCAAAAAUUGGCUUCAUAGAUUGUGCUCGUAAAGUUUUUGAUGAAAUGCCAACUAGAGAUGUUUUGACAUGGAAUGCCAUGAUUGGAUCGCUUGCGAUGCAUGGUCUUGGUAAUGAGGCACUUAGCCUAUUUUCCAAGAUGGAAUCGACAGGAGUUCUGCCAAAUGAGAUUACUUUUCUAGGGAUCCUAAGUGCUUGUAACCAUGCAGGGUUGGUAGAAGAGGGUCUUUGGCAUUUCAACUCAAUGACUCAAAACUACAACAUUGAGGCCACAGACAAGCAUUAUGCAUGCAUGGUGGACCUCUUUGGUAGGGCGGGGAUGUUUAAGGAGGCUGAAGAGCUUAUACAAAGUAUGCCUAGGAAGCCAGGUGCAAGUGUAUGGGGUGCUUUACUAGGUGCCUCCAAGAUUCAUGGCGAUGUAGAUAUUGGGAAGCAUGCAUGGGAACACCUUAUUGAGUUGGAACCUCAUAGUGAUGGAAGGUAUAUAGUCUUGUCAAAUGUAUAUGCAACGUCUGGGGAUUGGACACGGGCAUCUAGUGUGAGAAGGUUAAUGAAGGACAGGGGGAUAAAGAAGACUCCUGGUUGUAGUUGGAUCGAGGUCGAUGGUCGCGUUCAUGAAUUUCUAGCUGGGGAUGGAGUUCAUCCUCAGGCGUGA